AUGCCAGUGUAUAGGCAGAGCUCCGCUCGUGGACAUCUGUGCAUGUCAUGUACCCAAUAUGAUUUCGCUGACGAUGGUCCCGACGACGACCAGUCGCUCAUUUCGACUCGUGGCCUUGAAACCUUUAGCAGAAAAAUAACAACCACCGCCAGCCACCUCAUGGGCCCUGUCAAUGCCGAAGGCGCAUCGACACACUACAAGGCCGCCAUGGCCGAGGUGCACAAGCAGCUCAAGAGACCCACGGUCCAACGCAGCAUGUUUGCCAUGGCUAGAACUACGCCUACCGACAUGGUUCGCUCCAAGCUCUCACGAGCUGAAAUUCAGCACCGCGCCUUGACGACACUCCCAGACGACCUCCUCUCCAACAUUCCCGACAACGACAACAGCUACUCGCUCUUCCAGGGCUUCCAGGCCAGCUUCCCCGAGCUAACAGACGAGGGCAAGAAGCAUCGUCGACGCGUCUCAAGAGGCAGGAAGCUGAUCGAAGAUGGCACGGCCGUCUCCGAGACGCAGCGACUCAGCCAAGCCAAGAAGGAAAAGGCCGCCAUGAUGCACGAAUUUGAUUUGCUCGCUGUCCGUAAAAACAUGGCCAGCAGUGAGAUUCGCGAAAUCGACAACAAAAUCGCCAACCUCCAUGGCAUGCGCCGGAUCAUCAUGGAGAGGCUGGCAGGUUUGGAGCAAGAAGAGGCGCUCCUCGAGCAUGAUAUUCUUGACGUCGAAGGGAGAGUGGAAGCCGCUCAAGCGCUUGUUGAUGAAGCCGAGGAAAUAGCAAAGAACACUCCCACGAGGGACGAGGUUGACCUCGUUGGCGAUGCCGACGACCACGACCCCGAAUUCAUGUCGCAAUCCGUCUACGAUAAAAUACCGACUUCACCAUCCAGCACACCAACGAAAAGACCCAAAAAGGUUCGCCGCCGCAAAUCCAUGCCCAUCCUACACGAGCACUUCGAGGAGGGCUCUAGCAUUCGCGAAAUCCGAGCGCACAAGGACACAAUCACUGCGCUCGACUUUGACGCCCCUUUCGGUGUCAUGGUCACUGCCGCCCUCGAUGAUACUGUUCGUGUGUGGGAUCUGAAUGCCGGCCGUUGCAUGGGCCACCUCGAAGGCCACAAUGCCUCCGUCCGCACGUUGCAGGUGGAAGAUAACAUUUUGGCCACCGGUUCGGUAGACGCAACCAUUAAGCUAUGGGAUCUUAGCAAAUCACACUACGACCCGCAAGGCGCCGGAGGACACGGAGAGGAAGACGAAGAUGCUAUCGCGUUCGAGAACCCCGACGAUCACCACGUUGAGCCGCCCCCGGGCAGCAUGGACGACUGCGAGCUCUUCACACUGCAGGCGCAUGUUGGAGAAAUCACGGCUCUCCAUUUCCGCGGUGAUACUCUGAUCUCUGGUUCGGCGGACAAGACUCUGCGCCACUGGGACUUGGAGAAGGGCCGCUGCAUCCAGACGUUGGAUGUCAUGUGGGCAGCCGCACAGGCUUCCGCCAACCCCAGCACUUCUGAUGCCGCUUGGAGGCCCACAGGCCGUUCGCAAUCCAGCUCCGCUGAUUUCGUCGGCGCCCUGCAGGUGUUUGAGUCGGCACUAGCGUGCGGUACCGCAGAUGGCAUGGUGCGUCUGUGGGAUCUUCGGAGCGGGCAGGUACAUAGAAGCCUGGUCGGCCAUACCGGGGCGGUGACCUGUCUUCAGUUUGAUGACGUGCACCUGGUGACUGGAAGCUUGGAUAGGAGUAUAAGAAUCUGGGAUCUGCGAACUGGGUCUAUAUACGACGCAUAUGCAUACGACAACCCUAUUACGAGUAUGAUGUUUGACGCCAGGAGGAUUGUCAGCGCCGCCUGUGAGGAUGUUGUCAAGGUGUACGAUAAGGUAGAGGGACGGCAAUGGGACUGCGGCGCGGGCGUCACGGCGGCCGAGGAGGGCAUAAAGACCUCUAUUGUAGAGCGCGUGCGCGUCAAGGAUGGCUACAUGGUAGAAGGCAGACAAAACGGUAUUGUCGGCGUCUGGACGUGCUAG